AUACAUGCAUUUGGAAGUUUUACUUGAGCUUUGACCCAUCUUUUCUCUCUACUUUCAUGGUAGAUCCAACAUUUCUCUCACAAACAAAAGCUCCUCUGUUUAUUAUCUCUCUACAGUGUUUAGUAAGUGAAUGAGAGAAGAGAAAGUUGGUUCCUUUUUUGCUCCACUUCUAAAGCAAUGGCCUUCCAGCGUUCUUCUGAUCUAAUCUUUGAAACUCUCUCUGGUGUUAGUUUUCUGUUCUUUUAAUUGUGCAAAUCAGUUUUAGAUGAUGGAGAAGAAGAUGGAAGUAACUAGGGUCGCCUGUGGAGGGAACUUUUUGUUGAUGAUCGGGGGAGCGUAAUGGGUUUCUGUGGUCCAAUCUAUGUAACAAGUUUGCUUUAUUUUGACGGGCUCGAAAUCUGGUGUUGGAGCUUCCCCGGGAAAGCAGAGGAAACCAUCUGGUAGCCAAAUGGCCACCAAAGGUGAUUCUAUUCGGCCUUCACCUAUACAAAUCUCAAAGACAAGCAAAUUGGUGACAGUUACACCAAAGACAGUACCAAAGGGUACACAGCAAGUUGCAUCCGAGCAAGAUUGUGUUGGAAUGAUAGAUGAAAUAAAGGGUUCGAAAACGUAUAAAUUAGGGGCCGUUGAUUUGUUGACAAAGAAAGUAGAUUUGGGUCUAUCCUUGAGUCAUCCGAAAGAAGUUCCCAGUCAUGUUGGUUCUGAAGUGUGUCAGGAUGGUGGACUACCAGAAGGUUCUGGUGAAGAAGAAAAGAAAGCAUCUGAACAUGGAAUUAGUUCAGCUUCGGCUAAAUCGAGCGAUGGGGCCACUGGCCUUGUCAAGACUAGUGGAAGUGCUAAAGUUGGUGAUCAUCCUGAUUAUACUGAGAGUGGUAAGAGCAGUAUGUGUAGAGGUAGCACAAGCAGUGAUGUAAGCAAUGAAAGUUCGUAUAGCAGCUUAAGUAGCCGAAUCAACAGACCUAAUAAGACAAACGAUAUAAGGUGGGAAGCUAUACAAGCUGUCCAAGGAAAAGACGGCGUAUUGGGUUUGAACCAUUUCCGAUUAUUGAAGAGAUUGGGUUGUGGGGAUAUUGGAAGUGUAUACCUUUCAGAAUUAAGUGGAACAAGGUGUUACUUUGCAAUGAAGGUGAUGGACAAAGCAUCUUUAGCAAGUCGUAAGAAACUACUUCGAGCUCAAACCGAGCGAGAAAUACUACAAUCCCUGGACCAUCCUUUCCUUCCAACAUUGUAUACCCAUUUCGAGACUGAUAAAUUUUCAUGUUUAGUUAUGGAGUUCUGCCCUGGCGGUGAUUUGCAUACACUACGACAGAGACAACCAGGAAAGCAUUUUACUGAACAAGCAGUAAAGUUCUAUGUAGCGGAAGUUCUUCUUGCUUUGGAAUAUCUCCACAUGCUUGGUAUUGUUUAUCGUGAUCUCAAGCCGGAAAAUGUCCUUGUUCGAGAAGAUGGACACAUAAUGCUUUCGGACUUUGAUCUUUCCCUCCGUUGUGCUGUCAGCCCGAUACUAGUCAAAUCAUCAUCACACGAGUCAGAACCCUUGAGAAAGAAUCCAGUUUAUUGCGUACAACCAGCUUGCAUUGAGCCCUCAUGCAUUCAGCCAUCAUGUGUGGCUCCUACAACAUGUUUUUCACCUCGUUUCUUUUCAUCAAAAUCCAAAAAGGACCGAAAACCCAAGAAUGAAAUGGGGAAACAAGUCAGUCCAUUGCCUGAGCUUAUUGCCGAGCCAACCAAUGCGCGGUCCAUGUCGUUUGUGGGAACCCACGAGUACUUGGCACCUGAAAUUAUCAAAGGUGAGGGACAUGGCAGUGCAGUUGAUUGGUGGACCUUUGGGAUCUUCUUGUACGAACUAUUGUUUGGUAAAACUCCUUUCAAAGGGUCUGGGAACCGGGCAACACUCUUCAACGUUGUAGGGCAGCCCCUGAGAUUUCCUGAAUCACCCGUCGUAAGCUUUUCAGCCAGAGAUUUGAUAAGGGGCUUGCUAGUCAAAGAGCCACAGCAGAGAUUGGCGUACAAGCGAGGUGCAACGGAGAUUAAGCAACAUCCUUUCUUUGAAGGUGUAAACUGGGCUUUAAUCCGUUGCGCGAGUCCGCCAGAGGUUCCAAAACCAGUUGAGGUUGAGCGGAUUCCAGCUCCAACAUCAUCAGCUGGUAGUAAACCUGCUGUUCCUGCAACCAAAGAUCAAAAUAACUAUCUGGAAUUUGAUUUCUUUUAAAUUAUUCUCAGAACCAUUUUCCUGUUUGUUUUUUUCUUUUUCCAUUUCAGAAAUGUAGAAUUCAUGAAAUGUUGAUGAUGAUAUUAUAAAAAGAAGAUCAGCCAUUGAAA